UGAAUGUACUCCGCUAAUCAGCUAGUUGAUCCUGAUUAAAAAAAAAGAAAAAGAUUUUUUUUUUUUAAUUUUCACUGCAUGGUCCCCUAAAUAUUACUGAAGUCAGAAAAAUUUACAGCUCUUGACGAUCAGGCUGAGGCAAUGUUGAAUGAUAUUUGGGAAGCUCCAGGAGGGUGGCAAGUGCCAAAUGGCUUUAACAGAGAAAACUUUGCAGGCCAAAGCCAGCAAUGACUAGUUAAAUAGAAGCAGAAGCACCCAGAACAGAAAGGGUUAUGGUGAACAAGUAGAACAGUAGAAGAAUGCAGGGUAUAUAAUCCACGUGUGUGAAGUGAGAUGAGAUUGAAACUAAUAUAUUCAUUAAGUGGUGUUAUUGAAGAAAACAAGAAAUGGGGAAGGCCAGCAAAUGGAUCAGAAACUUCCUACUAGGGAAAAAAGAAGAUAAAAUAAAGAAGAUCGAUGCAUUCUGCAGCGAGGAUAAGAGUGGCAACACAGGGAGUCUGAUUGUGAGUCCCAAAGUGAAGCGCAGAUGGAGCUUCGGAAAACUAACAGGAGCAGGGCAUAAAUUUUCCAGAUCAUUUGACUCAGCUGACUCUGCAAAACUUCAAAUACAAGCCUUGUUGGAAACCAAGACUCCAAGGCGUCUUCCAAAACCAUUAGCAAAGCCUUCUAAAGAUAAAAACAAAGCCGCUACAAAGAUUCAGGCUAGCUUUCGCUCUUAUUUGGCAAGGAGAGCAUUGCAUGCUUUAAGGGGAUUAGUCAAGUUACAGGCACUAGUGAGGGGUCACCUUGUAAGGAAACAAACAACUGCUACACUGCGUGGAAUGCAUGCGUUGAUGGCCAUACAAGUUAGAGCCCGAAUUCACAGAGUUCAGAUGGCAGAGGAAGCAAACCUCCUCCGACAACAAUCGCCUCCGCAACAUAGACAAGUUCCAUACUCCACUGAUCUCAUAACAGAAGAAAAUAAAGAUUCAAACCAUAUGAGUGUGGAAGAAAUGUUGGAGGUUUUGAAAAGCAGAAGUGGCCCACUAGAUGGUUCAUAUGUUAAGGGCAGAGAGCGUGAUUCCAUGACAUACUAUUCCAAGCAUGUGCCGGUUGUUUCUAAACGAGAAAACCAAUACAAGAAAACUCUAAUCAUAGAACCAAACAGCCUAGAAAACUACCGAUCCAUGUCUGAAUUUAACCCAACGACAAUUGCCUUGUCAACUUCUCAGCGCCAUUCAGUGCCUCACGGCCAAUCACUGUCACCAAAUUACAUGAACAAGACAGAAUCUUCAAGGGCUAAAGCAAGGUCGCAGAGUGAACCAAGACAACGACCAAUACGGGGAACAAGGCACAAAGGCAAGUCUGUGGAAUCACCAUUGAAUGGUCCAAGACAAAAUCUGUUCUCAAACUCGUUACGCUUCGAUCAUGGAAGCAUGGACCAUUGGGUUAUCAAUUUUCAUGGGUCAACGAACGACAGCAGGCGCAAUUCCUUUGGCAGCAGCUCGGUUACUACUGAUUCCUAUUAUUGAGUUCUCCUUAUGGGUUACAGAACAAGCUAGUAAUUCAAUUUUGAACCUAAUGCAUAAGUCAUGUAUUACUAUAAAAUGCCUUGUAACCCUUCUGAGUUUGAGCAACGCAAUUGCAUCACCCAUCUACCUGUACUUCGCAGCAAAACCGUUGUGCAUGGUGGGAUGCUAGAUCGAUAAUCAUUUAUUAAAGGUUAAAACUUAGUACAAAA